UGGUUUUUUGCAUGAUUUCAUAAAUCUUAUGCGAUAUUAAAAGAUUGAAGGUGAAAAGAAUGUUGAGAUUACUGAGUGCACACCGCUUGUCAUAUUCUUUACCAAAUUAUAUUGUUGGAAAAUCAUCCAACACUAGAUUUGCACGAGCUGCAUCUGGGUCGGACAAAUCACAAACAUCAGAAAAAACAGACCAAGAUAAAGAUGCCAAAUCCGGGGCUAAUAAACCUUUAACUGGAGGAGGCUACGCCAAAAGGUCUGAUGAAGAAGGUUUUGGAGCAACAUAUGGGGGUAAUCAAUCCCUCUCCAAAGAUGAUGAGGAUAAAAUUGUUCAUGGAAACGUCCCUGAGUAUGAUGGGAACAAAAAGAGUUCAUGAGAUGAAGAAGGAAAGAAAUACACGCAUUGCAGAGAGAAAAGAUGCGCUCCUAAAGGCGGAAAAUUAUGAACAUUCGUACAAAUACAUAUAUAUUUUGAACAUUCUUUUACGUUACGAAAAGAUACGCUCCUAAAGGCGGAAAAUUCCGUCGUUAAAAUCAAAUUUUCCAUUGUAAAUUAAAUUGUUAAUGGAAUUAACGACAACUAAAAGACGUCCUUAAAUCUUUUAUUGUACUGUUCACAUA